AUGCUACUUUCCAUGGUAUCAAUGCGAACUAAGGAAAUCGUGUGCUCGUUGAAUCUUCACCCUGAUAAAAUCUCAUUAGACAUGUGUGCAUCGUGUGAAUUGGAAAUCCGAUUCUCUCCUUUCAUAAUACGCGUGGCAUUCGAAAAAUUCGAAAAAAGGGACGCUGAGAGAGAAAUUGUAGUGAUAGAGAGACCAGAGAAAGUCGGAUUCUACGUUUCACGAAUAGUUAACUAUGGAUUAUUCAAAGGACUCGAAAAUGUAAAUUAUCAAUGGGAGAAUGGUACAUUCGAAGUGAGAGAUUACAUCGAUCAUUUCAUGGAAAUACUCAAUCACGAUUGGAUUGAUGAAUUGUAUGUUACGGGGGGUGAUGCGUUUCCACCAGAGGAAAUUCAACGCCUUGUUAAUGGAUUGGAUAUAAGAGAACUUUCUUUUUCUGAUGAGGGAAAUGUGAGAAUUUCUGAUGACGGCAUGAUAACAUAUUUGAAUGCAAUAAAACCUACACGUAACUUUUAUUUGAAUCGAAGCCCGCUUUUCGUCUGGAAUCACUCUAAGAUGAGCCAAUUUUUUGUUCAAAAUCUCGAUUGUAUUGUGAUAGCUAAUUCUCCUUUAUUGACUCUUGACGACUUGUUACUUAUGAAUAUUUCGGAGAUUCAAAUCAAUAGAACUCGGAUGACCGGGAAAGAUUUCAAUCGGUUUUUGAAGCAUUGGAUCGCCGGAUCGAAUCCAAGACUGAAGUAUCUUACGGUUGGAGGUCAAUCGACAAUUGAUGAUAGAGAGGAGUACGAGAGGGAGUUGUUGCAAGGAAUAGACCACCGAAAGAUACCGGAUGAGGAGGAGAGGAUGUGCAUAAGACGAAUGGGUACAUACGAAGAAUGUAAGGAAAAAAUGACAGGUGGUUCGUAUAUCAGAAGAAAAGAUGGGACUGAGGCUAUCGUCCACGCUGAAUAUCAUUGGUUUCAUUUGAUCCUCCAAGAGCUUAUGAGUAUUUAA